UUUUAUUCACACCAACCAAUAAUGUUUUUAUCGGAUAGUUAAUUUGGGAAACUAUAAAUACAUACUAUUUACUGUGGACAUCAACAAAACAUAUACAAUUAGGUCUGGUAUUCCGUCGGCUAGAUUUGUUUUACUUAAAGCUUUCGACGAAUCGGGUUUCACGUUUUAUACAAACUCAGAGAGUCGCAAGGGCCGAGAAAUUGAAGAAAACCCGAUUGCAGCCAUGACGAUAUAUUGGGACCCGUUGGAUCGAUCGGUACGAAUCGAAGGAGCGGUGGAGAAAAUUAGUGAAUCGGAGUCCACAGAGUAUUUCGAUACAAGACCGAAAAGUAGUCAGAUUGGAGCUCACGUGAGUCGGCAGAGCACAAUAAUAGCUAGCAGAGAAUCGCUAUCCGAACUGAAUAAAAAGCUCGAAAUCGAGUACUCUGGAAAACGAGUACCCAGACCGUCUUAUUGGAAUGGCUAUAGAAUAAUUCCUAAGACAAUGGAGUUUUGGCAAGGGCAGAGCGACAGACUGCAUGAUCGCAUCGUGUUUGAACGGGCUGAGCACGCAGCCGAAAAGCAAAUCGUCAGUCACGUCGGCGAAAACGGUUGGGUGUUUUAUCGUCUAUCGCCGUAAUGUCGUAUCAUAUAUUAUUUAUACCUAUUCAGUAUCGACAUAUAUGUUAUAAAACAGUAGUAAAUCGUGUUUUGUAUAAAAAGAUGCUGAUGUAUACCACCUAGUAUGAUGAAUAUUAGUUAAUAAAAAUAUUAUAGAAAAAAAUCAAAUUAUAAAAUACAAACUACAAAUGUAUGACUUAUGA